AUGAAUGACUUUAUGUGUAGAAAGUUCCUUCUUGUAAGGAAUUGGUUUCCCGAUCGAUUGAUUAAUGGAAAGUAUCAUUUUAAUGGUGAUAAUAUUUUCAAAGAAUAUUGUACUAGUAAUAGUUGUGAUGGUGAUCUUGAAAAAAUUAAUGCUGGAUGUUUAUUUUUGUUUGAUUCAUUUUUUAAGGAUGCUUCUGUGUUUAAGAAUCAUAAUAACAUCAAUAUUGCUGAUUACAUUAUCAUAUGGUUAAGUUAUAUGUUAAACCUAAAGAAAAAUGUAGAAGGAAUCACCAAUAUACAACAUUUUUAUGGUACAUCUAUAAAUAGUGAUAAUAGGUACAAAAAUACUAUAACUGGUAUUCCGGGGCAUGAUAAUUAUAAGGAUCUUAUAGAUAAAAAAAAAGAAUUGAUGGAUAUUCCUAAUGAAAAAAUGUCUAAACUUUAUAAUUUAUUUAAAAUUUUAUGUGAUAUUUAUACUAAUUUUGAUGAUAACAAUCCAGAUUGUGCGAAAUAUAUACAAAACGCUAAUCAAUUUGUUAAAACAUAUCAAGAACUUAAUGGAGAUUCUAAUAAUACUGAUAGUAGUUUAUAUAGAAAAAUAUUGUAUAAUUUAUCAAUUGAUUAUGGUAAUUUUAAAACGAAAUGUAAGGAAAUUCCAUCCCUUCUAGACACAAAAACAGAACAAACUUCUGCACAAAUAUCUGAAGAUACAUCAUCAAGUUCGUCGAUAACAAGCAAAUUAUUUAUAGUUUUAUCAAUAUUUGGUGCAAUAGCAUUUUUUUUGGGAAUUUCUUAUAAGUAUUCGUUAUUUGGAUUUCGGAAACGAUUUCAAAAACAAAAAUUAAGAGAAAAGCUAAAAAAUGUAAAGAAGAGAAUGAAUCAAUAA